UUUUUGACCAAGUUGAAGGCGGGCAGGACCAGGACAGCCCGUCCGUCGACGUCAGAGGCGGCUUCGUUAUUUAAACUUGAAUCAGGAGCGGAGGAGGAAAGUUUUCGGAGCCGGGACGGCGUUGCCUAGCAGCUGGAGAGAGGACUCUAGUUCACGUUGCCUAUAUAUUUUUUCUACCCCUCAACCCCAGGAGCCGCGGACUCUCUCGUCUUAUUUUUUUUUCGUCCUCUCUUGUCAUAUUCCAGUUUUGUAUUUCGCUGUCUUCGCACCAAACAUGCCACAGACCGUGACGCUGAGGGGACCCUCUCCGUGGGGCUUUCGACUGGUCGGAGGACGGGAUUUCAGCACACCGUUAACUAUCUCCAGGGUAACGCCCGGAAGCAAGGCGGCCCUAGGUGACGUGUGUCCGGGCGACACCAUCCUGGCCAUCAACGGGGACAGCACGGAGCUCAUGACCCACAUGGAGGCUCAGAACAGGAUCAAAAACUGCACCCAGCAGCUCACACUCAGCAUCAGCAGAUCAGGAUCUGGAGACAGAGUUUGGUCGCCAACAGUUAGCGAGGAUGGCCAGACAAGCCCUCACAUGGAGCCUGACUCACAGAAUUUUCGACCCAUCACCAGCGGGUAUGGCAGUUACAGUCGUAAGCCUUCAUACACCCCUGAGCCCCUGCCCCCUCAGGCCCCUCAGGCCCCUCAGCCCACUCACCUGAACAACGGACACUCCAGGCCCAACAACGGACACAGCUACGCCUACGGGAAUGGAACCGGGCACGCUCAGUACAACAACCCGGCAGGGCUCUACGCCCACAACGGCAGCAACGGAGACCGGUCCCUGCCAAGCAAGAUGGGUGGUCUCAGCCUCAGUGCCACACACAGCCCGGAGCCUCCCACACAGUCCCCUGUGGGCCGUAAUGGUUUCGACCCAGAGUCAGAUGUCUACAAGAUGCUGCAGGACUACGAGGAGCCGGUUUCUGAGCCCAAACAGUCCGGCUCCUUCAAAUACCUUCAGGAGAUCCUGCAGGCGGAGGAUGGAGGUGUGUCACCAACGGAGAGAAUGAGAAGCUUGAAGUCUCCGGUCAGGUCUCCGAUCCCAAAGCUCGGAAGCCCCAUUCCCACCCCUGCGCCCGGGCUCCAGAAGCUACCCCAGUGCACGUGCUGCUGUAAUGGCAUUGUCGGCACCAUCGUAAAAGCCCGGGACAAGCUCUACCACCCCGAAUGCUUCAUGUGCGACGACUGUGGCAUCAACCUCAAGCAGAAGGGUUACUUCUUUAUCGAGGACAAUCUGUACUGCGAGACCCACGCCAUGGCUCGCGUCCAGCCCCCGGAGGGCUACGACGUGGUGGCCGUCUACCCCAACUCCAAGGUGGAGUUGGUCUGAGAGGAAGAGACUGGCACGGUUGUGACAUGGCUGGGAAUGGGGCUACUGAGUAACUUGGCCAACACUGAUCUGGCUCUGUCAAGUCGGACUGCUGAUCUUGGAUCAUUUUUGCCUUUUGGGAAAUUGGUUUUAAUUUUCAGUGAUCCUAGAUCAGUUCUUCCGCAGCGACAGACUUGAUAAACGCUGUGUAUAUUGAGCAUAUUAAAGUAUGUCGACAGACCGAGGCUUAAGGGCUGAUGAGCGUCCCAAAACUCCAAACCCGUAAAAGGCUGACAUUACCUUGCGCCCGCAUACUGCUUUUCAAUCUGAAAGCACUCAUCUGUCAUCCUUUUGUGUUUACAUUGAACUCUGCAACCAAGAAAAAAUGCCAAACUCAUUCAGCUCAUAGUCGGCGUGCACAUCCAGAGUGCACGCACAGUUUUAGUAGCAGAAUAAUUCCAUGCCUGUGCAUGUUGCAGCAAUCACAAGAAAGAGUAAGUGAGAUGUUAAUAACUACUCCAGCUGUCAGCUUUUUAAACAAUCAGUAAGCCAAUAACACGUCUGACAUCCCGCUCAAGCCUUAAAAAUGAUGAUUGGUGUGUUUGCAGUGAUGAACUGUGCAACGGAGUUUAAUUUUGCAUAGAAACAAAAUACAGGUAUGCAUCUUGCAAAUUCACACAAAGCAUAGUCUUUUAUUAUUCAGCUUAUGGUUUAAUAAUGCUACAGUUGAUCAUUACACUCGUGCUGACUGGAUUUAUACAGCUUCACAUUUUUUGUUCUACAUGCAAUUCACACCUGAGAGUUUUUAUGUUGCAAAACUUGGGAAAACUUUGGAUUUUUUUUCUGUCACUUUUUUCCACUCGCAAUCAUUUGACCCUAUAACUGUGCUUGUUGUGUCUUGACUGCUUCACUGUGCUCGGGGACAAGAGUUUCUUCGUUGUAACCAAUAGCAAAGUCCCCAAAGUGGGAGGGAACCCCCAAAAACCACGUUUAAGUCAUUCUCCCAAAGGAGCUAGUCAUACACAGUGGUUAGAGGCACAGAGGAUUUAAAGAAACUGGCUGCCUCUUGCACUGGACUGACCACCACGCUGAAGAAUUCCCAUUCACAAAAGCAGGGGCCACAUCCACACUUCUCAUGGCACUGAGUGCAUUUCGGACAGGGCACACAGCCAUGUGAAGCUAUUUUUUUGUUGUUUUUUUCCAAUAAAAGAAAAAAAACUGUAAACUGUAACUCCACAGUCCACACCAUAUGGUAGUAAUACUGUUUCGAGUUGUGUGGAUCCACUACUUCAGACCCAUUACGGCCUCUCCUCAGAACAGAGAAAGUCACAGAAGUUGGAAUAACGCGUAUUUUUGUUCCCCGACUACAGUGAGUUCACAUGUCGGGUCACAGCCAAGGCCAUAAAACAAAUUAAAUAGAUUCCAAGAUUUCCUCUGAGAGAUGGGGUAAAAGAGGAGGUGAGAAAGAGAAAUGAGCUGUGUGUCGUUUGCCUUUGUUUCUCGCAGAAUAUCUGUGAGAAGGAAGGGGAAAAUAAGUGUCGCCAUCAGUCUUAUUGUCGCUUUUUGUAAAGGUAGUGGAGAGGACGGAGGUCAUUCUUAAUUUCACAAAUAUCUCUAACAAAACUACUUUCCUAAUUUGAAGUGAGUGGAUUUUUGGAUGUUCAUUAUCUUGUUUUCAGUGUGACAGCAGUGAUGCGUCUCUGCUGGUGUGCCCUCUAUCAAAUAGUCCUGUGAAUGAUGUGAAACAUGCAUGUUUUUUUUGUUUUUUUUUAAGUCUUGAUAUUGUAUAUAUUUAAUUCAUUGUGAUCGCUUUAACACAGUAUAACAUGUCCCUCACGUGCCUCUCACAUCUCGUGUUUUUAAAUGUUUUUCUUUUGACACAAAUCUUCCUCGUGUCUUUAACUUAUUUUUCUUCCACACGUGGUUUCUUUCUGGGUUUUCUCAUUUUGCUUUUUCUUUUGUUUUUUUUAAGAUUCUAAUAAAACAAGAAGCGC